GAAAGAAGCAGAUUUAGAAGAGAGAGAGAAGAGAGAGAGGAAGAGUCAUCUUCUUUAAUUCCUAAUUCUCCCUGUAUCUCUUGUCUUGUAUUUAUUGCCUUUCUCUUUCAGCUCUUUCUUCGCUGUGUUCUUGUGUCUUUUUCUCAUCUGCUGUCUCGUUUCCACCGCCAUUUUUAAUGUGGGGGUUUUAGUUUUGGUUUUUUUCUUUUGGGUUUUCCGCUGUUAACGUGAAAACCAAAAACCCCAAUUGUUUGAUUAAUUCGGUGAAGCCAAUGGAGUAAGCUAAAGGACAAUUUUUAUCGCUUGCAAUUUACAAUUAACCAGCGGGUACUUAUCAAUGGCUCUGCCCGCAUCCACAUCCACAACUACCUCCAACGCUACUACUACUAAUUCCACUUCUUCUUCUUCUUCUUCCUUUCAGAAUAACCAACCCACUAAGCUUAAGCGCCGCAAGUGCCGGAAUAUCACUGUUUCUGCUAAAUCUGAUUCGUUUUCCUCUUCUUCUUCUUCUUCCUCAUCUGGGUUUCAGGCUUUUUCCCAUAAGAAACUUGAUCGACCUGUGGUGAUUGUUUCUUCCGAGAAUUCAUGGUGUUGCCCCGCUUCUAGACCUACUGUGACCCCUUCUGUUCCUCCGCCGCCGCCGCCUCCUCCCCCGUCGCAAUCUCGCCGGAGGGGUACUUCUCCAACACCCACGAACGCGAGUGGAGCAUCGGAUUUGGUAAUCACGGCCUCUGGGUCCGAUUCGCCUUCUGCUUUUAGGGUACGGUUUUCUCCGGGCAGUGUUUCCCCGGUUAUGGACUUCACCACGUCUUCUUCCUCCACCGCCGCGUUUAAUGGCCACUCUGGAUCCAACCACGACGCUUUCCCUUCGAGCUUCUCGAAGUUCAACUCUGCUCUCACAGCUGGGCUUUUGAACCCAAUGUCGCCGCCGCCGUCCACUGAUAAAACCCGAUCGAGCCCCACCCUUUUUGAAAUGAUGGCCAGCGAGCCCGAUAUUCACCCUAGAACUUCUCAGAUCCCGCCGCAGAAUGCCGCUGUUUCCAUUCACAGGAACCAAAUUCCUGUUCAUGACAAGCAGGCCCUGAUGAUGCAGAGGAUUUCUGAGAUUUUGGGGUCUCGGAGCCCUGGAAACCAGUUCAAUGAUGCCUCCAGCAGUGAUAUUAAGCUCACAUUGAGCUCUAGAGAUGGGAUCAGUGUUUCGAUGAAUGUUCACUGGCAAAUUCUCGUUGCUCACAGCCGGUUCUUCGCGUUGAAACUGUCGGAACGCUGGGCGAAACAGCAGCGGUCACCAUCUCCGUACAUUGUGGAAAUUGCUGACUGUGAUGAUGUUGAAGUUUACAUUGAGACCUUGAAAUUGAUGUAUUGUAGAGAUCUCAGAAAGAAGCUGAUGAAGGAAGAUGUUCCCAGAGUUCUUGGAAUUCUGAAGGUUUCGGCUGCGAUCGGAUUCGAUGCAGGUGUUUUAUCGUGUUUGGAAUACUUGGAAGCUGCCCCAUGGGCCGAGGAUGAAGAAGAGAAGGUAGCUUCACUCUUAUCUGACCUUCACCUUGAAGGUGUUGCAGCAGGGGAAGUUCUGAAGAGGGUCUCAAUUGAAGUUACUAAUGGACCAGAAGAUGGCAAUGACAACGAAGAAGUGCUGCUCAAGCUUCUACAUGUAGUUCUUGAAGGAAAAGAUGAGAAGGCGAGGCGUGAGAUGAAAGGGUUGGUGUCGAAGAUGCUUCGCGAGAGUUCGUCGCAGAAUGACCUCCGAAAAGAAUCCUUGUAUUCAGCUUGUGAUGGUUGUCUGCAGUUGCUCCGCCAUCACUUUAUGCGGGCAGUUGGGUCAGACUUUCAGGGUGUUGGGGAGAUUGCUAAGCAGGCUGAUAAUUUGCACUGGAUUUUAGAUAUCUUGAUUGAUAGACAGAUAGCUGAAGAUUUUCUGAAAACUUGGGCAUCUCAAUCUGAAUUGUCAGCUGAACACUCUAAGGUGCCUGCUGUCCAUAGGUUUGAGAUCAGCCGAGUUACUGCUCGGUUAUUUGUAGGAAUUGGGAAAGGCCAACUUCUGGCUCCUAAAGACGUGAGAUAUCAGCUUUUGCAGACCUGGUUGGUGCCAUUUUAUGAUGAUUUUGGUUGGAUGAGGAGAGCGUCGAGAGGCCUCGAUCGCCACUUGAUUGAGGAUGGCCUUAGUAAUACAAUCCUCACUCUACCUUUAGCUUGGCAACAAGACAUAUUACUAGCUUGGUUCAACCGAUUCAUGAAUUCAGGCGAAGAUUGCCCAAACAUUCAAAGAGGGUUCGAAGUAUGGUGGAGAAGGGCCUUCUGGAGACGCAAUGGUGAACAGGAACGACCUCGACUAAUUCGAAUCGCCACCCCAUCGGCAGAGAACUCAUGAAGAGCAGCUGUGUCACAGUACAGAGAACUUAGUUUAUGACUAAUGGCCACGCGUAACUGGAACAGGCGUAUUCGGAGAGAUCAGGCAACCUACAAGAUGGGUGUACAGACUAGAGGGUAAUGCAGAAAGUGGUAUUGUUAAAACCGACGAGCGAAGAAUCGAUUGAUUGAGCAACCCAUCUUGGUGCACUGCUUGAUCGGGUUUCUUUGACAUACUGCAAGAAGAAAAAGGCAGAGGAACUGAAUGGAUUUGACUGUAAGUCUGAUGUUUAUUAGUUGAGUUUCAUAAGGCAUCAACUGUGUGGUGUUGGGAGUGGGCUGAGUUUCUGAAUAGAUAAGAGAUUUGAAGUUGAAAUCUGGUUUGGUGGUUGGUUUGAGAAUCAAGAGUUGUAUAUGGUCCUUUUUUUUCUAUUUUUAGAUGCAAUUGAUGGAUGCUGUUUGCAGCAUUAUUGGUGAAAGAACAUUAUUGCUGUCUGCUGUUUAUUGUUCCUUUCCCACUCUUCCAAAAAGUUUGCUUCCUCAAACUCUUUUGAAUCAAUAAUAUGCCAUUUUUAUCA